CGAUCCUCAUUUCAUAUAACUCCGAUCGAUCAAUUUGAUUUCACGAUAACAAUAAUCACUUACAGGUUGUGAGAUUCUGUCAAUCGGCGUAAUGGCGUCUAUUGCAACCUUCGCACCCACCACCACCACCACCGUCAAGGGCCUCGGUGGCAGUUCUAUCGCCGGAACCAAGCUUAACCUCCGGCCUUCUCGCCAGAGUUUCCGAUCAACCUCUUGCAGAGCUGGUGCUGUGGUGGCUAAAUAUGGCGACAAGAGUGUUUACUUUGAUUUGGAGGAUUUGGGUAACACUACUGGUCAGUGGGAUGUUUAUGGUUCUGAUGCACCUUCGCCUUACAAUGCCCUCCAGAGCAAGUUCUUCGAGACGUUCGCUGCACCUUUUACCAAGAGAGGAUUGCUACUCAAAUUCUUGAUACUGGGAGGUGGUUCGACCCUUGCUUACUUCAGCUCCACCGCAACCGGAGAUGUGUUACCAAUUGUGAAGGGCCCACAAGAGAAGCCGAAGCUUGGUCCACGUGGCAAAAUCUAAUCUGAUCAACCGACAACGACAAAAGAAUUUUAGUAUGGUUUGAAAUGUAUCUUUGCCACAACUUGUAAGUAUGUUUGGUUCCUACUCCAAGGCUCCUUUCUUUAUUCAUGUAUGAAUUCAUGCUUACUACAAAACUCUAUCAUGACCUUAGAUGUGACUUCACAUAUUCAUAUUUGACUAUGGGGUUGUUUGGUUGGUUUUC